AUGUGUCUUGAAACUGCGAUUUCUACGAUGCAACAGGAGUUUGAUGAAGUCACACGAUGGUGCCACGAUUUUGGAUUAGUCAUCAACGCAACCAAAACAAAAAUUAUGCACAUUCGUGCACCAAACAAACAAAAGGAGACAGUCAACAUUUUCUUUCAAAACCCUGAAUGUCCGACUUCAAGAAAAAGUGAUGCCAUUGAGUUAGUUCAAUCAAUCAAAUACCUCGGAGUUACAAUAGAUGAACACUUUCUGUGGCACGAGCAUAUUACAAUCGUAAGGAAAAGUAUGAGGAGUGCUAUGUUUGCGUUAUUUCAUCUGGAAAGAUAUUCAACAAAAGAUGUUCAAAAACAGGUUUACUAUUCACUUGUUGAAUCUCAAUUAAGAUAUGGAGUAUUAGCUUGGGGAAAUGCCGCAAAAACUCAUACAGAUAAACUUCUUAAUCUACAGAGGAGAAUUGUAAACAUGAUUAAUAAAAACCAUCUACAUUUGAAGUGCCUGAAUGUUGAAAAUAUAUUUAGGAUGACAGCAGUUCUUGAAUACUACGAUGAUUCCAGCGACCUAUUUCACAUGGUAUACACGGUUGUGGCAAAGGCGUUCGUAUAUUAUUUGCUUCCACUUUCCAUAAUUGGAGCCCUUUACAUUCUGAUGGCAAACCGAUUACACAUAAGCGCCAGGGAGAUGCCAGGCGAGGCAUUAGGUAUGCAAAGUAGGGCACAGGCUCGUGCUAGGCGUCAUGUUGCACGCAUGGUGGUUGCAUUUGUCGUUGUGUUUUUUGUGUGCUUUUUUCCAUCCCAUUUGUUCUCAUUGUGGUUUCAAUUGAAUCCACAAUCACAAGAAGAAUUUAAUGACUUUUGGCAUGUUACGAGAAUAAUUGGAUUUUGCACAAGUUUCCUGAACUCCUGUGCCAAUCCGGUGGCAUUGUAUUGCGUCUCGGGGGUAUUCCGUCAGCAUUUCAAUCGAUAUCUGUGCUGCUGGUGCUGUAAGCCCGCACCGCGUAACCGACAGCAUUCCACAACUGGUGCCCUAGACACCAGUAUCAUGUCGACACGUCGUUCAACCAACUAUACUCGCUCUUCGUUGCACAUGAACAAUAAUUCUGGAGGACAUCUCAACUACCAUAACCACAAUAAUUUCCAGCGCCAGCAGUCCUUGCAAAUGCAACAUAGUGUCAUCAAUAGCAAUGGUGGAUCGUCUCCGACGCAAAGCAUUAUUUUAAGUGACAAAAGGUGAGGAACAGUUGCCAUGAUGCUUCAAAGUG